GGGAAGAGAUUCACCUCAUCAGGCAUUAAAAUUCAUCAGAGAACACACACAGGAGAGAAACCUUAUAGCUGUGAUCAAUGUGGGAAGCGUUUUACAGACUCUAGCGGUCUGACUAAACACCAGAGAAUACACACAGGAGAGAAACCUUAUAGCUGUGAUCAAUGUGGGAAGAGUUUUCGUGGAUCUGGCCACCUGGUAUCACACCAGAGAACACACACAGGAGAGAAACCUUAUCGCUGUGGUCAAUGUGGGAAGAGUUUUGGUCAAUCUGGAGAGCUGACAGUGCACCGGAGAACACACACAGGAGAGAAACCUUACAGCUGUGAUCAAUGUGGGAAGAGUUUUGGUCAAUCUGGAGACCUGACAGUGCACCAGAGAAUACACACAGGAGAGAAACCUUAUAGCUGUGAUCAAUGUGGGAAGAGUUUUGAUCGGUCUGGAGCGCUAACAGUGCACCAGCGAACACACACAGGAGAGAAACCUUACAGCUGUGAUCAAUGUGGGAAGAGUUUUCCUACAUCUGGCUCUCUGACUCUACACCAGAGAACACACACAGGAGAGAAACCUUAUAGUUGUGAUCAAUGUGGGAAGAGUUUUGGUCAAUCUGGCCAUCUGGUAUCACACCAGAGAACACACACAGGAGAGAAAUCUUAUAGCUGUGGUCAAUGUGGGAAGAGUUUUGCUGCAUCUAGAACUCUGACUCAACACCAGAGAACACACACAGGAGAGAAACCUUAUAGUUGUGAUCAAUGUGGGAAGAGUUUUGGUCAAUCUGGCCAUCUGGUAUCACACCAGAGAACACACACAGGAGAGAAAUCUUAUAGCUGUGAUCAGUGUGACAAGAGAUACUUUGAUAAAAGAUCUCUGACCAAACAUCAAGAAAUACAUACAUGAAGGAGUUGUUUCAUGGCAUCAAUGAAAAAAUGUCACAAUGUUUUUAACAUUGUAGUUGGAGUAUUUGAAAGUAUUUCACAAUGUAGAACCCUAAACGUUUGCCUCAUUCAAUUGAUUUCAGCAUGAUAUGGAUAUUAGCCUCAGGGGGAAAAAUCCAGGCUCUGAAAUGAAAGAGUACUAUUUAU